UAUUGUGGUGAGCAGCAUCUGAUUACACGGAGACGCCAGUAGGCAUCGGAGGGGGGAAGACACUCAAUUAUCUACCAGCCGAAGCUGCUCCUCAGUCCGCUCCGGAGCACAAACACUUUUUAUCUCCAUACUUCACCGAGGAACUUUACUUUAUUACACCGAGCAGAAACACCGAGGCGACGGGUAUCUGGAGGUGAAUGUGUCGCAGCUUCUCACGGUAUAAAUGGCUGAGAGGGACCGACGUGUGACUGCGGAGUAAACUUGCAACAUGUCGCAGUCGGUGCUGGAGGCUUGAAGAGGACUAACCGCCGUGUUUUAACGAGGACACUCGUCAGGAGAGGCGGUCAGAGCGGGGAGGAGAGUGGCUGCUGCUCGGAGGUGGGAGCCAAACAACAGAGUCACCAGUUAACCUGCAUGUCUUUGGACUGUGGGAGGAAGCCGGAGUACCCGGAGAAAACCCAUUCGAGGAGAACAUGCAAAUUCGAACACCUACCCUGGAUCCGAGCCAGCAACCCUCUUACUGUGAGGCCCGUGGAGACAAAGACUGUCUUCUGUUUGGACAUCUGUCCGUCUCUGUUUUCGUCUCUGAUAAGUAUGAACAUGCGCAGUCAACAUACGCAGAAGACUACCAGAGACAAGUAUUUUCUGAAGCCGCCAUCAUUCUGUGCUGUAAGACCGACCCCAAAAUGUCUUCCAAUGGGGACCUCAGCGACCUGGGAAGCUCAGACAGCUUCUGGGAGCCGGGGAACUACAAAAGAACGGUGAAGCGGAUAGACGAUGGUCACCGGCUGUGUAAUGAGUUGGUCAGCUGCUUCCAGGAGAGGGCAAAGAUAGAGAAGAGCUACGCUCUGCAGCUGAGCGACUGGGCCAAGAGGUGGAGGGGCGUCGUAGAGAAAGGUCCUCAGUACGGUACACUGGAGAAAGCGUGGCACGCCUUUAUGCAGGCAGCCGAUCGGAUCAGCGAGCUGCAUCUGGAGCUGCGGGAGCGGCUGGCGGGCGAGGACACCGAGAAGGUGCGCAGCUGGCAGAAGGAUGCCUUCCACAAGCAGAUGAUGGGAGGCUUCAGAGAGACCAAGGAUGCAGACGACGGCUUCCGCAAAGCACAGAAACCCUGGGUCCGCAAACUGAAGGAGGUGGAAGCCAGUAAGAAGAGCUACCAUCAGGCAAGGAAGGAGGAGUGGACAGCGGUUACCAGGGAAACACACGCCAAAGCUGACCCGACCAAGUCACAGGAGGAAGUUCGCAAAUUCACGACCCGGGCAGAGCGCUGCAGCCAGGAGGCCGACAAAAUGAAGGAGCGCUACUCAAAGGCCCUGGAGGAUCUGAACCGCUGUAACCCUCGCUACAUGGAGGACAUGGAGCAGGUGUUCGACCUCACCCAGGAGGCCGAGCGUAGGAGGCUGCGCUUCUUUAAAGACAUGCUGCUGGACAUCCACAAACACCUCGACCUGUCCGCCAAAGAAGGGUUCAAAGUCCUGUACCGGGAUCUGGGUCAGACCAUCCAAGCAGCCAAUGACACCGAAGAUCUGAGAUGGUGGAGGAACACCCACGGACCGGGCAUGAGCAUGAACUGGCCACAGUUUGAGGAGUGGUCUCCAGAGGCGAGUCGCUCCAUCAGCAGGAAGGAGCGAGGUGGACACUCUGAGGAAAACGUGGUCACCCUCACCAACAUCGUCUCCUCAGGUGGAGAUGACAUCCCUCCGAGUCCCAUCACCCUGGACACCAGCAGGGUGAAAGAUUAUUCGUCGGACUGGUCAGACGAGGAUAGUCCUAAGAAGGUGCUGGCGGUGAACGGCGUGGGGGAGGCGGAGGACGAGGAGGAUCAGGUAGAGGGGGUGCGAGUCCGAGCGCUCUAUGAUUACACGGGCCAGGAGGCCGAUGAGCUCAGCUUUAAAGCAGGCGAGGAGCUGCUGAAGAUGGGAGAAGAGGACGAGCAGGGCUGGUGUAAAGGACAGCUGAGCAGCGGCCAGGUCGGCCUCUACCCCGCCAACUACGUCCAGGUCGUCGCCUCCUGAUGGCCCACCCUCUCUGGUCACCCAGCCAAUGGUACAACUAGACUCACGAUGCAAGGACCAAUCAGAAGCUAGUAGUGCUGACAUGUAGACAGUGAAACCACCAGACAGUUUUUGUUACCGACUGUAAAACUCGACUCUGAGUUUGCUUUUUUUUCCUGUUGUUUGAGCUGCGAUUUUGAAACUCAGCCAGUGGAAAAAGUCCACUUGUUGUGACAGGCUGUUUACUCAGCUCAAGGUCAACGACAUUGUUGUUUUAAAGAGGUCUCCGAAGGCCUGCCAACAUCAACAGACAUUUGUAGAAAAACAUGGACGCAAGUUAUCAAACUGGAGUUUUGGUUUUCUGCUCGCUGCCAUCUUUUUCAGUUUCUAGAGUCAGAAAAUCCACAUUUAAUCAAAGAGGAAGAAGCCAGGGUGGAACAGCAGUGAGAGCAGCCACCAUGCCUGACUGUGAUUGGCUGAAACACCUGUCAGUCAGUCAAACAAACUACUAAACAUGCUUCUUAUUAUAGAAAUAAUUUGACAUUUGAGGAAAAGGCUUAACUUGCUCUCGUACAGAGUAAGAUGAGAAGAUGGAUACUCUCAUAUCUCUCAUGAGACUAAAGCCAGCAGCCUGUUAGCUUAGUUUAGCAUAAAGACAAGAAGGUUUACUGACUUUGAUCUGGAAGUAAAAGUUCCAUUCUUUGUUGUCGUUAUUAUGUGAACAAUUCUACAGCUUUAGGAUUACAACAUCAGUAUAAAAGAUUAAGAAUAGAAAACAGUCAUUAACUUUUGUACAAAAUAAAUUUGAGGUUCAAAAUAAAUACAACUGGCAGAGUUAUUACAGUUUUGUAAUAUUCAUUCCUUUUUAGUAUUAUUUGAUUUUAUUUUUUAUUUUUUUCAAUUCAGUUUGAUUGUAGUUAGUUUCCAAAGUGGGUUUGCUUGUUUCAGGUUAGUGUUUAUUGUUUAAAUGUUAAAUUUUAGUCAAGAUUUUAUUAUCUUCAGUAUUAGUUUUAGGUUUUUAUGCCUCUGUGUUGACGAUAGCUGCAGCCAGAGGCAUUAUGUUUUCGGGUUGUCACAGAUGAGCAACCGAUCCAUGUCUGUUUUCACAUAUAUAGAUGUAACCUGUAACGGCAACUCGACUGAUGUGCGGGGACAUACAAUCGCUAGGUGGUAAUUCUAGUUUAUUGUAAUAUAUUUGUCAGGGGCAAUAUUUAAGAAGGUCAGAAUAGAAAUACAAAUCAAACAACACUUUGUGAGGGCAGUUGAUUCACAGUCAUAAAGACAUCCCUGUCUUAAUAUACAUAAGCACAAAUGCCUCAUUAUACCAAAUUAACAAAGACUAAAACUAAAAGCUUUUCCUUUAUUUUAGUUAGUUUUGUGAGUACAAAAUAUUGUUUCAGUUAGUUUCCAAUUUUUUAUUGUUUAUUUAAGUUAAUGAAUGUCUUUUCACACCUAGUUUUAGUUGUUAGUAUUUUUUUUUUUUUUAAUUUAACCAUAAUAACCUUGCUCCCAAGGUACAUUUUGGCAAGAAACAACCAUAUUAAGAGCUUAAAACUCUAAAUGCUUAUUGGUGGAAGAUUAAAGUGUUGAGAAAGGUCUGCUAUGGUCGUUGGAUUUUUGUUACUUUCGGACAGAGCCAGGUCAAUUGUUUUCCCCCCAUUUCCAGUCUUUAUGCUAAGCUAGGCUAACUGGCUGCUGGAGUCUUAAAUGAGAGUGAUAUCGAUCCUCGCAUCUAAAUUUCUGCAAGAAAAUGAGUAAGCGUAUUUUUCAAAAUGUCAAACAUUUUUUUAAAGCCUUGGUAUUCUCAUCAUUACAUAAAAUCGACUUCUUGUGGGGUAAAAAUAAUUUUAAUAUAGACUUUGGGACUGUUCUUCAGUAGAUUUCAGCCUGUGAUCCAGCAUCUAGUGGCCGUUAGUGGAACUGCAGCUGGAGGCACCUCUUCAUCUUCAUCAUCCUCUCUGCUCAGCUGUGGUUUCUGCUUGACUCAAAGAGCUGAAACAAACCCAAUGAAAGACUGUCAGUGCCUUAGUCAGUGAGGCCUGAAAUGUCAGCGCCGCCCUGCUGUGUGAGCAAGGAACUACAGCCGUCUGCUGAGUGACGACCAGUCUGAUCCCAGUAGAAACCAGCAGAAUCUCCUGUGACCUGGACUUUAAAACGCUUCACUUGAUUGGCUCAUUCAUCUCGACAUCGGCAUGCUUCAGUUAUUUUGUAGAUUUUUUAGGUUGUGACACUGAAUUCACUUUCUUUCCUUCAUUGAUUUUUCUUUUUUAUCUGAUAGCUACAUGUUUAUAUAAAGUUUUUACAGUCAACGUCUUUACUUUAUAAUUUAUUCUCCUCUUUAUUUUAGCAAUCGUUCUUCAUUUUAGGGCUGACGAAGGUGAGAGUGAAGUUGACUGUUUAGAUUUGGGUCAUUUAACCUUUGGAAGGUGGUUUGUUGCUAGUUUUGUUUUGCUGUGCUGCGAUCACGAAGCACCUCAAACAUAUGAAAUCAUAAGUGAUAAUAUUCUGUCCGGUUUUUGGGUUUAUCUUGUUUAAGUUUGUGGUUUGUGUCUGAGGGAGCCUCCUCCUCCUCGUCUGUCCUGCUGACCCAAGCAUCGCUACAGCUAACCCACGUAGACGUCUGAAUAAUAAGAGAGGUCAUAGAGGAUAUUAAUGCUACUGUGCUGCUCCUUCAUUCUUUCCUUUUCUUUACAAAAUUAUAACAUGUACAGACGAUAAAGUGGGAAGCAACAAUAAAGAGCUUUCUGCAGAUGGAA